GAAAGAUCAUGAGAGGAAAGCUUUUGUCCCAUAAACCCGAUCAGUGGAGCUUUCAUCGCGGAGAUAGCAACAAGUUGCUGUAAAUUAAAAGGAGAUGGCAGUUGGCGGAAGCAAUGCAAGCUUUGAACUCAGCCCCAAGACCAUGGUUGGCGUGGGCGUUGGCUUGGCGGUGGUCGGCGGGGCCAGUUACCUACUGUACCGCCACCUCACCCGCGACCUGAUGCCUCAAAAAUGGCGACGCGUGGGCACCGUGGCUAGAAUCCACUUCUUUCCGGUCAAGUCCUGUGCUCCUUUGGAGAUCUCGAAGCCCAACGCGGAGUACGACUGCGAUGUCCUGAGCAUGUCCUUCGACGGAAUGCGGGACCGGACCUUGAUGGUGGUUAACGACCAGAACGAGAUGGUUACUGCGCGGGUGUAUCCGCACAUGACGCAGAUUCACUCUAGAAAGGUGUCGCCGAGCAAGCUGGUCUUCUCCGCGCAGGAUCUGCCCGACUUGGAGGUGGACUUCGAGAACCUGGAGGGUCCUGAAAAGGAUUUGCGCACCGCAGUCUGGGGCGUUCCUGUAGAAGUGAUGCCCUGCGGCAACCGGAUUAACAAGUGGUUCUCGCAGGCCAUCCUGAAGAAAGAGAGUGGCCUUAAGUUGGUCCACUAUCCCUAUCCGAAGCCGGUAAAAAGCAUUAAUCCGCGACUCAAGGAUAUGCCCUUCAUAAGACAGGAGGAUUCUGGAACCUUCAACGAUGCAACCAGCUUCAUGCUGAUGAACCUUUCGUCGGUGGAUGAUCUGAACACCAGGCUAAAGAAUCCCGUUGAUGCGCUGCAGUUUCGGGGCAACUUUGAGCUGAAAAUGGAUGUGGACGAGCCAUAUGCUGAGGACAAUUGGCAGUGGGUACGCAUUGGAGACGAAGCUGUUUUUCGUACGGUGGCGCCAUGCACUCGUUGCAUCUUACCGAACAUUAAUGCGAAGACGGCCGAACGCGAUCCCGACGGAGAGCCACUGAAGACGCUCAGGAGCUAUCGUUUGUUUAAACUCAGCUCGCCGGCCUUGGGAAUUCAUCUUGGUCUUCGGCUGCCAGGAAAGGUUAAGGCAAACGAUGUGGUUUAUGUUGAGGACAAGUAAAUACUGCGUUGGCUUUUUAACAUUAUAUACUGUAUACAUUCACGUUUAUUACAUAGAACAUAGAUAAAUAAAGUACCGUAGAGUUUUAUAUGCAAA